CGACUAGAGUCUGAGACUUGUAAAGAGAGAUGCCCAUCACUUUUUACUUAUAAAAACCACAACCCCAACAUUACUCUUUUUACAGUAUUGUUAUUAUUCUCUCUUUCUUGCCAUGGCCAAAAGCAAAAGAAAUCCCAGUAUUAAACAAUCCAAACAAAGCUCCAAAUCAAGAAGCAGCAGCCAUGGCCAGAAAGAAGAGAAACCACAUUCAUGGGCAGUUGUAAGGAGCCUAUUUACUUGUAAACAUCUACAAGCAAGGCCAGAACAGCAGAUAAUAUUGAAAGAAGAGAAGAUUCCUAAAUGUGAAGAACGCGGCGACAACAACAAAAAGUGCAAGAAAAUGAAGUGUUCAGGGUCCAUUUGUAGCAACACAAAAGUCAUGCACAGGCCUGAGCCAUCACCAUCUCCUCCCAAAGGACGUUCUUGUAAAAAUAAUGGAUCCACAAAAGUUACUCUGAAUAAUAAUAAUGCCAUUAGUAGUUUUUCCUCUGCUUCUUCUUCUUCUUCUUCUUUUUCGCUACACUCUACUUCUGCUCCUUCUACUUCUCCAACUACUUCCUCUUUAAGAGGAAUGCCAUUCAGAAAACUUUCUGGUUGCUAUGAAUGUAGAAUGGUGGUUGAUCCCAUUGCUAGAGACCCUUCUUUGAGAUCAACUAUUUGUUCUGAAUGUGGAGACAUCUUUACGAAACUUGAGAAUUUGGAACUUCAUCAAGCUGUUAGACAUGCUGUAUCUGAGUUGGGUCCAGAGGACACAAGUAGAAACAUAGUGGAAAUCAUAUUUCAGUCAAGCUGGUUGAACAAAAAGACCCCAGUAUGCAAGAUUGACAGAAUCUUGAAAAUCAGAAAUACUCCUAGAACAAUAUCAAGAUUUGAGGAGUAUAGAGAUGGUAUCAAGGCUAAGGCCACUAACCUUCCCAAAAAACACCCACGUUGUAUUGCUGAUGGAAAUGAACUCCUAAGGUUUCAUUGCACAACAUUCAUGUGUUCCCUUGGCCUAAAUGGCUCCUCAAAUUUGUGCACUGUCCCAAAUUGUAACAUUUGUACUAUCAUCAAAAAUGGCUUCAAGUUGGCUACUACUGAUGGUACAAAGAAAGGUAUAUUGACAACGGCAACGAGUGGGAAGGCGCACGAUAGCACGAGAGUUGUGCCAGAUGAUGAUGAUGAUGAUGAUGAUGAUAAUGACAAGAGGGCAAUGUUAGUUUGCAGGGUGAUUGCAGGAAGGGUGAAGAAAAAUUUGGAUGGGAAUUUGGAGGAGUAUGAUUCAAUUGCUGGAGCUGCUGGAGUUUAUUCCAAUUUGGAUGAGUUGUAUGUUUUUAAUCCUAAGGCUAUAUUGCCAUGCUUUGUUGUCAUUUACAAGGGUUUCUAGUGAGACAAUUAGGUUGUUUUUUCCUUCUCAUUCUAUGACAUCAAUAUUUUUCA